AUGGUGCUGGCGUUUAGCGUUAAGCUUUUGGACUUCCAGCCCGUGCCUGUUUCUGGGAGCUUCUCAGUGGCAGAUAGCGGGAUGCAGUUCAAUUCUACGAAUGCUUCGGUAAGCCUCGCCAUCUCCUGGUCGAUAAUUAGGUCCAUCGUGAUCGGUGAGAUAGGAAAACGAGAGCGUAGUGGCCCAUUCCUCGAGCUGUCGGUUUACAUAACAGAUAAUCUGAAGCAGAUGUAUACAUUUUCAGCCAUACCUUUGACUGAGAAAGAGAGCCUGCUGAGCCUGCUUAGGAGCCAUCUUGGCGAUAGCUUUCCCAUUCUUGAUCGUCGCUAUGUGACCACCGGCUGGAACUGGGGUUCCUUAGCUGUUUCAAGCGCUGCCGUCAGCUUCAUUCCCAACUCUGUCUUCCUCACGGAGUCUAACGCCUCGCGCACAAAUCUUGCCAAUAAUGAGGACGUUGCUCCCGUUGGUGGCGAGGAGGGAUCUUCUGCAAGCGAAGAUAGCGAAGCAAGUCAGAUCAGUGAGGACCCUGUAGAGGACCUUUACUUCCAUAUACCGACGACUAUGGUGGACGACCUCAAGAGUCUAGGGGCAAGAGAGAUAUCUUUGACCCUUCAGGGUAAGACUUCUGAGACAAACGCCCUCAUGUCGGUCAAAGAGGUUGUUUUCACAAUUCCCGAUAAGCAAAUAUGUAAGCAGAUGUAUGACCGCCUCAUGCACGUUGUGGAUACGCGGGCAAGUGGAAGGAUCGUUAGUGUUCCGGAGUUGAGUGUUUUUACCAGCAAGUCCAGCAAGUUCACUCUAGAGGUUAAUCUACGGUCGUUCAGGUUCUUCUCUUGGAACAAUAACUAUCACAGACUUCCUGAUACCAUCACCAAAUACUUCUUCGUCGAGAAGCCUAGCUAUAGUAGUGAGUCUGUCGAGUAUUUCUUCGUCAUUAUGUUUACACAGGGUAAUGGGUUUGUAAAGGGUCUGGAUAGCAUCUGCAUGCUUUUGCCACAGCGAAAGCUCACGCGAGAGAUCAUUCUUCCAAGAGAUCCUGACAUCGCGGAUUCCUUGCUCCAGGAGAUGUUAUGCGACAACCCUAGAACGUACGACGAAGAUAAUCCGCCAUACGGUCCAUAUAGUUUGCUGUCUGCCCGAACUACUGGAAUCCAAACCCACGGAGUAAGCUACGAGGCCGACCGGCAUAUUGCUGUGUUUAAUGGCGUCGAGACAUACAUGGUGAUACCUCGCCUAUUCCAUUAUCUCACGCCGAAGAAGAGCUUCGUUUGCACAGAGCACUCUCAGACCUGUCUUGAUAAGAAGAUCUACAGCUCGAUAACGUACAGCUCCAUCCGUAUCCGAGAAGGGUAUGGCGGACACUCGACUUAUCCGUGCGUGGAAUGCAAGAAUCGCGUGACUCAACAAAAGACUGUCUACCUUUAUUUCCUUGACAAGCGCCAGGGCCUUUUGAUGCUUCCUUACGCGACGAUCUACAUCCCCUACACUAGCAUCAGUAGAAUGACGCUGGAGAACGAUACUUCCAGAGGGGCCACCGGCAAGAAGAAUCCUGUGAAGCUGGUGGUGUCGACAGCUGGAAUCGUGCACGAGUUCACAUCUAUAGACCGGGAUCACUGCGACGUCAUAGAGCAGUAUCUUCGCGGCUGUGGUGUCGCUAUUAGUGUUUCGUUACAGGCCUCAAACAGGGGCCAUGGAGGCAUGUUUGGGGACUUGGACAUGGAUGAAAUGGGCAGCGAUGAUUCCGAUGACGCUGACUUCGAGGCUGCGCCAGACUCGAGUAGCGGUGAAUACACCGAGGAUUUGGAAGAGAUUAAUUCCGACGAGUCGGAGGUUGGCGAGAAUCACGAUCACGAAGUCCAAGCUCUUAAAGCUCGCACAGAGCGGACGAAGAAGCGGGCGAUAUUUGAAUGUUAUGCAGACAUUCGCUCACAGGACUGCCUGCUGGCUGUGCCAAAUCCGUCGUCCUGGUAA